AUGAUCGACAAUGAUCAGACCCCUCGAGAUCUUUGGCUCACCAACGAGGGCCUCUUCCAUGCCAACAAGCAGUCCCGGGCGACCUUCCUCAGCCACAACUUCCACUCCAUGACACAGGGCGACCCCUCCAUCACCGAGUACUGCAGCUGCAUGAAGACCCUAACCGACGCCCUCCGCAACGUUGGACAUCCCGUUCAGGACUCCCAGCUUGUCCUGAACCUCCUCCGCAGCCUCAACCCGCACUUCUCUAGCACCGCCGACGACAUCGCCAACUCCACCGCCGGCUUCCCGUCCUUCGCCAAGGCGCGGGACAUGCUCUCCCUGAAGGAACUCUGCCUCACCAACAAGGAGAAGAUCUCCAACUCCACCUCCCUCCUCGUCGGGAACUCUUUAUCAUCUUCACCCACCGUUCUUAAUGAAGCAAGCAUGACCGAAGCUGAGCAAGCUCGGGACAAGCGGCUGGGGAUGACGUGA